GGGAGCGGCGAGCCGUGGCUGAAGAGCGAAAAGCACGCCGAGCUCGGGACCGAAGUGCAGCUGCCGUGCGUGUUGAAAUCGCCCCAAUGCGAGGGACUUCACAGCAUCAAAUGGUAUCGCGGGACGACGCGUAUCUUCAUUUUCAGCGAGGACGCCGGCAUUACGCGCGGCAACAACGACAUCGCCGUCAGGUCGGAUAUAGAAUACGCGACGAAUUCGUCGAAGGCUUAUUUGAAGAUUCCUGACGUUAAAUUGGAGGACGAGGGCCUCUACAAGUGCGAGGCUACUUACUUGGCUGUGAACCGAGAGUGCAACAAUGUUCAGCAUAUCACGCUUAACGUCACUGUUCAACCCGCGUACGUACGCGUCAUCGACGAGACCACGAACAAAACGUUAAGCACUGGCGCCACUUUAGGACCUAUAAACGAAGGCUCGACGAUUUCCUUGUACUGCGAGAGCGGCGCGGGUAAACCAGUGCCUGUCGUCGAGUGGUUUAAAGGCGACCAGCUAUUGGAAGCGAAUAGCUCGACGACGGUCGCUGACAACGGGAUUGGUACCGGACGUAGCCAGCUGCAGAUGGAUAUCACACGCGACGAGCUGAAUGCAACUUUCACGUGCAAAGUCAACAGCGUUGCACUACCAGAGCCACUGACCGUCGACAUCAACCUCGACGUUCAUGUCCGACCGCUGAAGAUGGAUCUGGACGGGGUUGUGGGUCACGUGGUUCAGGGAACGAAGAUCUUACUCCAGUGCAUUGUGCGAGCGGCGAGACCUGCGGCGAACGUAACCUGGCAGAAUGGCACCGACUAUCUCGACGAGAACAACGAGAGGUUCGAAAUGUUCGAGACUAAAGUGAAGGAGAACGAGGACGGGACGUCGGAAACGUCGAGCUAUCUGGCUUUCACGGCGAGCGAGUACGACAACGGGAGGACGUUCAAGUGCUACGCCGAGAACUCGGUCACCCGCUCCGAAAACAUGACGCCAAUGGAGGAGUCGACGACGAUCGAAGUUUUGUUGUAUAACAAGAUGCGCAGGUUCCAUCUUGGGUCCACUCUUUGUAGCGAACAGGAGGACGGGACGUCGGAAACGUCGAGCUAUCUGGCUUUCACGGCGAGCGAGUACGACAACGGGAGGACGUUCAAGUGCUACGCCGAGAACUCGGUCACCCGCUCCGAAAACAUGACGCCAAUGGAGGAGUCGACGACGAUCGAAGUUUUGUGUUCCAUCUUGGGUCCACUCUUUGUAGCGAACAGGUACCGAAACGACAAGGAAUUAGUGUUGAAUAACGACCACUAUGAGGGAGGUAUUACCGAACAAACAGCACUCACCGUGAAAAAUGCGACGCCCAGUGAUAUGGGCACUUACAAAUGCGUGCUAGACAAUAACGUUGGCCCAUCUACUUCAGAAGACGUCGUUCAAGUUUCCGUUUUAUACAAGCCAGUAGUGGAGGUGAAAAUGGACCCGGAAACGCCGGUGAACGAAGCCGACCGUCAGAACGUUUCACUGACGUGCGACGUCGUUAGCGGGAAUCCGCCGAGCUUGACCGCCGUCAGAUGGUACCUGGACGGCGACCUGCUGAAAGAGCUUCCGGACUGCACUAGGAAUAGCAGCGAGGCCACUACGACCACCGAGGAAUCUUUAAUUUUCUGCGAUAUCGACCCGAGCAAGCUGCUACUGGAAGCUGUUGGCCGCUCCUUUCACGGGAACUACUCGUGCGAGGGUAGAAACGACGCUGGCUGGGGACCACUUUCACCCAGUGCGCCCGUCACAGUCCAUUACAAACCCGGACCGGUCUCAAUCUCGUACAAGCCGCAGCAGGUAAUAAAGAAGCGGCCGUUGUCGAUCACGUGCUUCGUCGUGGACCCGGGACGACCGAAGGUCGCCGGGUUCAAAUGGUUCCGCGGACUUCAUCGGCUACCGGACGAGAACAACGCCACCCUGACCAUCGAUUCGGUCAAUUUAGAGACCGAGGCGAACUUCACUUGCCUGGCUUACAACGAGGCAGGCAACGGCGACCCGGCCACUACGUUUAUCGACGUGUCCGCGGCGCCGGCGUUUAUCAAGAAGCUACUGCCUUAUCACGGUUACGUGUACAACUCGGCGAACGUCAGUAUCAUGUGCUGGGUGGAGUGCGCGCCCAUGUGCAAUAUUUCAUGGCUGAAGGACGGCGUGCCGAUGGAUUUCACCAAAACAAACCGUUACUAUCUGUCGAACGUUUAUCAUCAGCCCGACCUGCGUACAAACGAUUUCGAGAGCAUUCAGUCGACUCUCGUUUGGAACCUGACCGCCUGGCCCAGUGGGCAACUCGAUCGAGUCGAGGACAACGUACAGUUCACCUGCGAAAGUAGCAGCAAUGGUAUCGGGCCUGGGGUCAAGAGCAGCACUCAUUUCCACGUUGAGUAUCCGCCAGAGAACAUGACGAUAUCUCGGAAGAUGAUAAACGUAACGGUAGACACGAUCCCGGAGAUGGUGACCUGCGGCGCCAGGGCACAUCCGGAGCCGACGUUCCGUUGGUUUCGCGAGGGUUCCACGGACACGAUAAUCGAGGGCCGCGUGUUGGAUCUAAAGGUCCCAGUGCCACGACGCAGCAACGGGACAUACUACUGCGAGGCGGCCAAUCGGCACGGCAGCCGGAACAUCUCCAUGGUCAUGAAUGUUCAAUUUAAACCGGAGUGUCACGUGGAGAGGGAACGGAUAAACGGGGAAGAUUACGUGGUGUGUUCGGCUGUAGCCAAUCCGAAGGAGACGGAUUUCGUCUGGUCGUUGAAAAGCGAAAAUGACACGCUGGAGCAGAGCGCCGAGACACGAAACGGAAAGAGCUAUAUACGUCUCGAUACGUCGGUGACCAAUUUCCGGACGUACGUCUGCAUCGCGAACAACAGCAUCGGGUACUCCAACCCCUGCGAGCGCGACGUACCAGCUCACCAUGGACAUCGAAGUCAUAUACCGUGGUGGCAUCAAUUGGAAGGGAAUCUCCUUUUAAUCAUUAUCGUCGCCGCAGUUGUUCUCAUAUUGGUGAUAAUCAUCAUCUGCGUGGUCAUCUUUAUCGUCUGCCGGCGCAAACGAAACCAGAUGAAAUACAGUAAUCGGGUGGUCGAGCUGGAGGAACGCGAACAUCCAGACGGCGGGCCACCGAGCCCGACGGUGUCGUCCCAUUCGACUCAGACGUCGCCGGUGCACCCAACGGCCGCGCCCAGGUGGCCGCUGAAGCCGGGCGUUCUGGUUCACAUAAAUCGUAGCCACAGCCUGCGAUCUGGUCCCAGCCUCAGAGUGAACGAGACGCUGAUGCCCGGCGGCCGAGGUAACGAGGAGAGGAUCGGCGAUCGUUUCCUCGUCGAGACGACGAUCGCCAAGGUGGCCGCCGGCAAAGCGUUCCGAAGACGGAAGACCGCGGGCACCGCGCAGGGUACCGUAUCCUUGGCCGGUAUGCAUGACGAGGGUAUGCUCGCCAGGGCUAAUAAAAUUAAGGCGAUGUUCGGCGUACAGCUUAAAGAGCAGGCCACUCUGCCCGGCAUCUCCAGAGAGAAGACAGCCGUGACUUACAAAAGAAUAGCACCGCGACAACGACCGUUGCAUGCAGAAUCGUCGUUCGAAUUAAACCGAGGCAACGUCUCCCGUAAGCGAAAAAAGCCAGGAGCAGAUCCCAAUCAAGCUGCGAAUAACAAUCACGUGAACAGCGUUUCGGAGGGCCUGCCCGAGUCCGGGACGAAGACGUUUUACGAGAACCUGCCGUUCCACGGGAUGCAAGCACCGCCUAACAAGUCGGCUUCCCCUAUGUUUGCCCGAGUUUCGGCUUUGCAUGGCACGUUGCAUCACCUCCAUCAUCACCACCAUCACCACCACCAUUCGGUGCCGAGCUCUCCGUAUAGCACGCGGCCGCCUAGCAGAACGGCGUCGCUCUGCGACGCGAGUUCCGGCUACGAGUCGACCAGGAGCCACUUGGGCCCGCACUAUAGCGACUACAACGUGCCCAGGGGCUGCAACUCGCCCGUCCUCAGGUACAACAGUCUGAAACCGCGACGGAGGAAGCACAAACGGUCGCAGUUCUACUCGCUCAGGCUGUGCAGGCGGCACGAGUACGCCCAGAGGAAGUAUCAGAUGUACGCGAUACCGAUAUACAAAUGUCCGCACAAAACCGGUAGCACCAGCACGAUCGCGACGAUGGUCGCGGCGGACACGUCGUCGUCGAACGAGAAUCGUGUGAGCGACGGCGGCGGUCAAUCGAAGCCCGAACAGCCGCCAGUUCCGGCGCCGAGGAAGUCGAGAAAGACGGAUCCCUCGAAGCACGUCUACCAAAACGUUCCCCCGCCCGUUUUCCCACCGAAAAACGACGGCUCAUUACCUAGGACUAAGACCAACAGCCUAUACAACUACAAAGAACACUACCAGCAGCAGCAUCGGCAGGAGAUGCAGCAGUACAGUUUCCCGUUACCGAGCAACAGUUCCAGUCAACUAACACUGCCACUAACGCGCAGCCUGUACCAUUCCUCGAUAGUUAGCCCCCUGCAGACUUCGUACGUUCACGCGAACAGCCGUCCGCCGACUAUCGCGCAGCAGCAGGAGAACCACCUGUCGAUGGUGGGCCCGGAUGACGAGCACCAGCAGCAACAGAAUUACACGAAUCACGACGCCGCGAGGCAACCGCCGCGACGGCACGCGAGCAACCGGUCCAGCGACCGGGAGCGACAGAAAUCGUAUCGCAAACAGAAGCGGGCGGACCGUAAGCAGAAGCAGAGACGGUCGGACGCCUCGAGGAGGUCGGACGCGUACGCGACCGCGCCGUCGUACGAGACGAGCUUCCAUCAGGUGAACAGGUCGCGGGACCAGCCGCCGGACCUCGGCAUUCCCGAGACCUGCAAGAUCGCCUACGACUACUACGAGGACGAGAUCGCGGAGUGCGCCGCCGAGCGUCACCGGUCGAACCCCAGGCAGCAGAUCUGGGAGAGGCAGGCGAACCGCUGCCCCGAGUACGCGGAGGCGGGCGACGCGAAGACCAGGAACAAACAGAAGAGAGCGUCGUCGAACCUCGGCGACGGUCGCUCGCCGUCCGCACCGACGAUCAUGCAGUACUCGGAGCUGCACUUCCGGGACGUCGGUCAGGAGAUCGAUGUCUAAAAGCCCUUCAAGCCGGAAUUUUCGGAUCUCGACUACGCGGACGUGGACUACCGUUCCUAUGGGCCGAUCAACUACAAGGCUGCCAGCAUC